AUGAACAGAAUCAUCCAUCUACUGAAAAACUGUACCUCCGCCUCUCACAUCGACCAGAUCCAAGCUCAACUCAUCCAUCACCAUCGCCACCUCUAUCUCAACAUUACCGUAGCCCACUACUUCAUCGCUGCCUGCAAAUCCUUUUCCCUCUUAACCUCGGCUUACCUCCUUUACACCCGUCACCUCGAUUUCAAACCCCGCGUCUGCAUAUGCAACACCCUCAUCAAAGCAUUAACGCCUCAUGCUUCAAUAUCAUUCUACGCCCACAUGAACCGCAACUCCAUUUAUCCCAACAGCUACACCUUCCCUCUUGUCCUUAAAUCCUCUCCGACCUUAAAGACACCUUAA